GCAUUUCAAAGGUUAGAGUACGAGGGUGCUUUGCGACUCAGCUCUGGAGAAACACGGAAGGUGGAAACUGAGCUGAGAAGUAAGAGUGGAUAGAACCAGAAACACGACAAAGGCAGCAGGGUUAGGGUCCAGAGUAAAAAGAGGAGGAGCGAUCCAGGGAUGUCAAGCUUUUUGUUUUUAAAUGGCUAGAAAGCUGCACCGUGGAGGCCGGAAAGAGUGGAAGGAGUGAGGGGGCGGGGUUCAGCCGCAAAUUGGCCGCAAGCUGCUCGCUUCUCCCGCUCCGCCGGGCGGGGCGUCCGGGGGGCCGCGCUGACCACACCCAGGGCUGCUCGUCCCGCGUUUACGAGAACUCAGCGGGAGUUUGCUGCGUGAACCAGUGAAACCACCAACGAAUGAAUGAUCCUCCUACCAGGACCCGGGGGGCCCUGGGUCCCCGCGGAGCUACGUGUACCACGGACUCUGCCGGCCGCCUGGGGCGCGCGGGGUCCCGUCUGCGCGAGAUGGGGCUCAGGGCUCCCCUGGCCGCGGGCACCCGGAAUCCCGCGGCUGCCGGGGCGAGCGGAAGCUCGGGCGGCGCCCACGAGGACCUUCGGGCCGGAGAGAACCAGGACUAUCUGUCCUGGGUCAGAGAGAAAGUGCUCUUUCUUCUUCACCCAGAGAGGGGUUUGGGGUAUCGAGGGGAUCCUGCACGGGAAGAAGUGGCCGGUGAGGAGGACCUUUCCCGGGCUAGCGGAGACGACCAGGAAUCUGACUGUCCUUCUCCUCUCUUACCACGAGAAAAGCGAAUUUCUGGCAGCAGUGCAGAUGCUCCCUCCAGAGAUCCGCCGCGGGACUCCGCAGCCCCAUCCAAAUCCGUGCUCGUGCGGGUCGUAGAUUAUCAUGUGACACGAGAAGUCGAGUGGACCGGGUGGACGAAGGGCUGCAUGACCACGCGGACCGAGGAGCACUCCAUUACCGCCGUCUCUUUUCGCACCAACAAAGAGUGAAGUAGAUUGUGGGGUGCAGGGACCCCUGGAGAUUGUGGGGUGCAGGGACCCUGGAGAGGCACCCCGUGUCGACGCCGCACAGAGACGCUCUUUUCACUUCCCCCAAGAACCUGAUUCCCCGAGGAGAUUAAACAGGAAGGAGGAGCCGGUGGAAUGUGGUGGGUGAGCGAUAAUCCUCUAGAAAAGAAAAUGCUCUUCCGGAAACCCCAACCUGCAAUUAACCACCAACCAGGACCUUUUAAGAGCUGGCGCGGCGCUUAGGGGAGGCUGAUGAUGGCACCAAAUACAAAUUGAAGAAUAACUGUAAGCAACCUAAUACCUCUUUUGUGGCUUAAAUACUGUGAAGUCAUUCAGAAGAGGGGAAGAAAAGAUUGUCCUGAUCCAAGCAGAACCCUGUCGUGGGAGGAGCCUGAGGAAUCUUUUCCUCUUCACAGUGUCCUGGGAGUGAAUCCAAAAGUGAAACUUGGGCAUCCUCAGUACAAAGAAAUCUCUGAGCAUGGCUGGGUCUUGGCUUUUUGGUCUCACCGCCACCUCACCGAAAAAUGUGCUCAUCUGAAAUUGUCUUAGUUGGAUGAUUGGCAGCAAGGACUUCCAGAAGCCGCCUGGCCACUCCAGUGACCAUAAGACAAAUAUCACAGUCACAUAACCACCAUGGAUCAGGCAAGUGUCAACCUCUCUUAAAACUUUUAUCCACAACCUCCAUCACUUUGAGAUUCAUUACAUUUGACU